AUGGAGUCUAAAGUUUCACAAAGCUUGCAACUGUCAACAUGGAUGAAUUCGGAAAAGACUGUAAGAAAACCAAAUGGUUUAUUGCGGUUUUCCCAGAACUGUGGGCAACAGCAUAGCUAUAAGACAACUAUUUCAUAUCAUUUGCGGACUAGAAAAGGAAGGAGUUGGCAAAGACCAUUAGUUUUGAAGGUUUCAUGCUCUUCUGAAAAUGUACCAGAUUCGGUGCUGGAGUCUGGGAGUUUUCCUGCAUCAUUUAAUGAAACUACAAUUUUGGAGAAUAAAGCAAAAGAGGUUGAACAAUAUCUAAAUGGACGUUGUAUAUAUCUUGUCGGAAUGAUGGGAUCUGGAAAAACAACAGUGGGGAAGGUUUUAUCAGAAGCUCUUGGGUAUUCAUUUUAUGACUGUGAUACACUAAUUGAGAAAGCUGUUGAUGGAACUACUGUGGCUGAAAUCUUCAAGUUUCAUGGAGAGAACUUCUUCAGAGACAAUGAGACUGAGGUAUUACGGAAGCUGUCUAUGAUGCAUCGAUUAGUUGUUUCCACGGGUGGGGGUGCAGUUGUUCGGCCUAUCAAUUGGAGAUACAUGCAAAAUGGUAUCAGUGUUUGGCUAGAUGUACCUUUGGAAGCAUUAGCACGAAGAAUUACAGCUGUAGGGACUGGUUCUCGGCCCCUUUUGCAUCACGAAUCUGGAGAUCCUUAUCUUAAGGCCAUGAAGCGGCUAUCUACCCUUUUCAAAGAGCGGGGUGAAGCAUAUGCCAAUGCAAGUGCCAGAGUUUCCCUAGAAAAUAUUGCAGCCAAACUGAGAGAUACAGAUGUAUGCAAUCUCACGCCCACUGUAAUUGCAAUCGAGGUGCUUGAACAAAUUGAGUUCUUGUUGAAGAAAUAA